UCAUUGCUGUUUUGAAUCGAGAAGUGUAUCAAAACAAAACAAACAUUUUUUAUCGAGCGCUGUCAGCAUAAAAAUGAGUAACAUUGAUCAGCAGAAAGAUUUGGCCGAUUUGUUACGUCUAGCAAAGGCCCUCAACGCCGUGGCAAUGUUGCACGUUAGGGGCGGAGCCGCCUCGCUGCAACGGUCACAAUCCUCGCAUCCAACGUUCCAGUACCUGAUCAUCAUUGACUUUGAGGCCACUUGCUGGUCGGCUGAGGAUGCCCAAAAGUGGAGAAAGAAUGAAAUCAUCGAAUUUCCAGCAGUACUGCUGAAUCUGUCCAACGGGCAAAUCGAGUCCGAAUUCCGCCAGUACGUGAUGCCCAUCGAGAAUCCACGGCUGAGCGAAUUUUGCACCCAGCUGACCGGAAUCCGCCAGGACCAGGUCGAGGGCGGUGUACCACUGCACACGUGCCUAUCGCUGUUCGACAAGUGGCUACAGAAGAGCGUCGUCGGUGGCGACCGGAGGCUGGUUCUACCGAAAACGGCCGGCAGUAGCAAUCCAACGGGAACCGUUGCCUUCGCCACGUGGACCGAUUGGGAUUUGGGGUCCUGCUUGACCAAGGAGUGCGCCCGGAAGCGGAUCAACAAGGCGGGCUACUUCGAUCAGUGGAUCGAUGUGCGCGCCAUCUACAAGACUUUUUACCAGCACAAUCCAAAAAGUUUCGCGGAUGCUCUAAGUACCCUCGGAAUGGGCUUUGAAGGACGGCCUCACUGCGGAAUGGACGAUUCGAGGAACAUCGCGCGGUUGGUUGCCAAAAUGCGGCGUGAGGGGGCAAAUUUUGUCAUUACCAAAGAUUUGCGGCCGUUUGAGUUGUUCAAUAAAUGAGAAUGCUGUACGGUUAUCUUAUUUAUAAAGCAAGUAGUGAAAUAUCCUCAAAUCUGUAGAUUAUUCUGUUAUUCAACAACAGUCCCAGA